AUGUCAUUAACUAGUUCAGGAUCGAUGGAGAAGCCUUGUUCAAUAUUGAUUCACUAUGACAAGGGUGAUCCACCACAAAUCAACGAGUUUAAGCAAACCUUUGAACACGGUACCAUCGAACAAAAGAUAGAGACUUUAAAAAAGGUUAUACUUUACACUAUCAAUGGUGAACCAAUCCCACAGCUUCUUAUGCCUAUCAUCCUCUAUGUAAUGCCAUCAAGAGAUCAUUACAUCAAAAAACUAUUACUCAUCUAUUGGGAGGUUAUUGAAAAGACUCAUCUCGGUAAAUUAAAAUCUGAAAUGAUUUUGGUUUGCAAUUCAUUAUUGAAUGAUCUUACUCAUCCAAAUGAAUUUAUUAGAGGUUCUACACUUAGAUUCUUAUGUAAAUUAAGAGAAGCAGAGGUAUUAGAACCAUUGGUUGUACAAGUACGAAACAAUUUAGAAUACAGACAUGCCUAUGUCAGAAGAAAUGCUGUUUUGGCCAUUUACAAUAUCUACAACAGUUUUGAAUAUCUCAUCCCAGAUGCUCCAGAACUUGUUUACAACUUUUUAUUGGUCGAAGGAGAUGCAUCAUGCAAGAGAAAUGCAUUUAUAAUGUUAUUUAAUUGUGCUCCAGACAAGGCAGUUGAAUAUCUUAGUACCGUAUUGGAUCAAGUUCCAACAUUUGGUGAUAUGCUUCAAUUUAUUGUUGUAGAACUUAUUAGAAAGGUUUGCAAGACUAACCCAUCUGAAAGAUCAAAAUAUAUGAAAUGUAUUUUUACAUUAUUAAAUUCAUCAUCCCCAGCUGUUAAAUAUGAAAGUGCUGGUACUCUAUUGUCACUUUCAUCUGCACCAACCGCUGUAAAGGGAGCUGCAUCGGCCUAUAUUGAUUUGUUGUGCAACGAAAGUGAUAACAAUGUAAAGAUGAUCGUUUUGGACAAACUUUUGGAAAUCAAAAAGAAUCAUAGUAAAGUAAUGCAAGACCUAGUUAUGGAUAUUUUAAGAGCUUUAUCAAGCCCAAACAUUGAUAUUUGCAAAAAGAUAUUAAAUAUUGUAAUGGAUUCUAUUACACCCAAGAAUAUUGAUGAAAUCAUUUUGGUAUUGAAAAAGGAGAUUAACAAGACUCAAUCAAAGGAAUUUGACAAGGGAUUGGAUUACAGACACUUGUUGAUCAAAACCAUCCACCAAUCAUCUCUCAAGUAUCCCGAAGCAUUGGGCAAUGUUGUUCCAUUGUUGAUGGAAUUUUUGGGUGACAGCUACAAGCAAUCGGCUGUUGAUGUCGUUGUGUUUGUGAGAGAGGUUGUCGAAUCAUAUCCUGAUCUUCGCACCAAUGUUGUCAAAAAAUUAAUAGACUCGUUGUCUCUUAUUAAAAUCUCAAAGGUUUAUCGUGUUGCAACUUGGAUCAUAUCGGAAUAUGUCUCUUGUUUGGAAGAUAUAAACCAUGCUUUUGAAUCAAUCAACCAAGAUAUUAAAGAUAUCAUCAAACCAAAGCCAGUCGACGAAAAUGAAAUUAAACCAAAGAACAAACAACCUCAACAAGUUACAAUUUCAAAAUUAAUUACUGAUGGAGGAUGGUAUCUUGCUUCUUGCAUUUCGUCAUCAUUGGGCAAGUUAUACUUUAAGGCUGAAGAAUUAAAUAUGGACACUGAAUCACUAAACAAAUUAAGAGCUCAAGUCAUGUUGGUUAUGGUCAUGUUUGUCAAUUUAGCCAAAAAGACACUCGCUUCCACAUCAAGAGGUUCAUAUGAAAGAAUCAUCUCUUGUCUCUAUGUAUUAUCAAAUCGUAAUGAAACUGUCAAGGAAAUUUGGCUUAAAGAUUGUAGAGAAUCUUUUUCAAACUAUCUUGAUGAACAAUUGUCACAACAAAAUGAAAACAAGAAAAAGAUCAACAAGGAAUUGGUCGUCAAACCAAAUUCAAUUGUUUCAAUUAGACAAUUAAAAUCUAAAAGAGCUUUUGGUCCAAUCGAAGAUGCUGAUGAUGAUUUAGGAAGAGCUGUUGGUUUGGUUGUUGAAAACAAUGAUCAAAAUGAUCACAACAAGAUUUAUCAACUUACAGGUUUCUCGGAUCCAAUCUAUGCUGAAGCAUAUGUAAAGGUUCAUCAGUAUGAUAUUGUUUUGGAGAUUUCAGUUUUCAAUCAAACCAAUGACACUCUUCAAAAUGUCACUCUUGAACUUGUGACUUUGGGAGAUCUCAAGAUUUGUGAGAGAGUUCCACCAUUCACAAUGGCUCCACGUGAAAAGCAAGUUGUCAAGGCCAGUAUCAAAGUUUCUUCAACCGACAAUGGUGUUGUCAUGGGAACCAUCGUAUUCGACAUUGCUGGUGCCGUCAGCCAAAUAUCUGACAAGAACUGCGUCAUUCUCAACGAAAUCAACAUAGAUAUCAUUGAUUAUAUUCGUCCAAUCAACCAUCAAUACACAGACGUCUUGUUUAGAUUGCAUUGGGCCGAGUUUGAAUGGGAAAACAAGAUCCCAGUUUAUACAAAUAUUACCGAUCUUCUUCAAUAUGUACAACACAUUUCAAAGAUUACCAAUAUGGGUGUAUUAACACCAAACAUUGAAUUAUCAAAUGAAACUGGCAUCUUGUCGGCCAAUUUAUGUGCCAAGAGUGUAUUUGGAGAACAUGCACUUGCAAAUAUAUGUAUCGAAAAACAACAAAGCGAUGGAAAGAUUGUAGGUUAUAUUAGAAUUAGAUCAAAGGUUCAAGGUAUUGCUGUCAGUCUUGGUGCACGUAUCACCAUUAAACAAAAAGUUACCCAACCUUCUGCCUAA